AUCUUUUUUAAAUCGCUGACCUUUGCUUGAGGCCGCGUGUUGUAACGGCGCUGAGCACAACAGGCCCAGCCUCGAGGAAAUGACACGUUAAUUAUUCUUUUUAAUUUUUUUUAAGAAGAGGGCUUUAAAUCUCCAUUCUCUAGAUUUAAACCUCAAGCCCAUGGAGUCUCACAGCGAGGAUUUUUCUUCUUAGCGAGUUUUUUUUUAAAUUCUCUUUGCCACCGUCGAAGUUAUGCAACAGGCCCCAGGGUGGGAGUUCGCUACGUUUCGCAAUAAGCUGCUUAUUAUCCUUAAAUGAGCUAAAUCUUCAUUAUUUCGGUUCCCCCAAGUUUAAAAUCCCAUGAGGUGUUCAACUAAUUUUCCUAGCAGAUUUAAAUACUGUGUUCAUACAUAUCUUUUAAAAGUUAUUGGCGAAAUCCAUUGUGGAUGCCACAUAAAUACUUUAAUGCACGAAAUUAUUGGGUUGUGUAACAUUGUUAGAAAUAGAGGUGGAACGAUGAUUACUGUAGAAUAAAGAAGUCGAAAUUAUUAUGAAGGGAAGUAGGCUCGAUGCAGUGAUAGGUCUAUUUGUGUGAUGGCACAUGAUUUGAAGAUUUGAUUAUCACUUCUGAGUGGAAAAUGUGUAGCUCCCCCUUUCUUGAACAGGGUCCUGAGGACGUGGGUUGCAGGGGUGUAAGGGUUAUUACUAAAUAAUGUUAAGGAAAAUAUGUGAGUUUUAAAAGAUAAUUUAAACAGCUUCAAGUCUUCAUGCGUGAUAGUUGGCUGGAAAAGUUCUCACCUAAUUUUAACAGGAAGUGUAGAGUUUAAAAUAGGUUCAGGUCUUCCUAGCUAUCCAACCAUUGAAUAUUGACUGCUGUUUGGUAUGAGUUACUGAUUUGAGGUUGCACGGACUUAUUAUUCUCUGUGGAGAGCAACAAGCAAUUUCAUAUAUCACUUGUUUGUAUGUUCUCAAGUUGCACAUCAGUUCCAAGGUGCCUUAAAAUAGACACAUUUCUACGUGUCUGCAUUCAUGUUGUCACAAUAUUCAGUUAUUUGUAGGUGUACACUGAUUUUUUAAGUUCUGAGCUUUUCAGGUUCCCUUAAAUUUUAGUUGCCUUGUUUGAAUGGUUUAUUUUGACCAUUUGAAAGUAUUUAAAUGGGUAUUGAUUAACCAUUCAAACCCUAUUUAUUCUCAAACAGUAAAAAUGCUGGUUGGGGCAUGAAUAUUUUGAAAACAUUUUUUUACUUUUUAAGAUUAAAUUUGAAAAGCUUGUUUAAUUUCAAGCCCUAUUUUUGUGUAGAAUAAAGUAAUAUGAGAGAAGACAGUUCUAUUUUGCUGUACAUCAACUUGUUAUUUCUUCGUAUUUUCCCCAUCUCAUGCCCUUUGACUCAGAAAUCUGAAGAUGGGCCAUUCCCACCUCUGAAGAUCAGGUGUAGAAGCCAAUACUGUACCAUCCAAAUCUGUCUUUCAGCAGUUUAUUUAAGGAGAACAUAGAUUUCCCACAAGAACAAAGCUGUAGCUUGUUACUAAUAAAGUUUCUUUCAUGCACUUUUUGUCAAAGAUGUUGCAUGAAGGAAUAGUUCUUCAAGCCUGUUCUAUCUUGCUCUCAGGUGAUGAAGGAAUUUAGCUCAACUUUUGCCUCAAUUCUCUUGAUGUUUAUGGCAUUGAAACCUUAUCACCAUUCACAUCAGUGCCCUUAAAUCUGCAUCUAGAUUUAAUCCUGCUGUGAUCCUGAUGUAAUUAAUUAUGCCCUCUUGUUUCACAUCCUUCCUCUGGGCAGAUUUUUCAAAAAUCUUCACUAUUAAAUGCUUUUAUUUUAAAAACCUAGAAAGGAUCAUUCAAUUAUUUAAGUCAACAGGUUGCAAUAAAUGAUAAAACUAUUUGAUAUUUAACCAUUUUAACUGUGAUUCAGAUACUUCAGCAGUUUAGUUUCUUUUCAAAGGUUUGCCACUGGUUAGAUUCCUGGAGCUGGGUCUCACCAUAAAUCCACACAUCAAUACAGUCUUUCAGCCCUUUUGAACAGUCAUUGCAUUCUUUUUAAUUAUUUUUCAUUGAAAAAAUUGCUUUAUCCUUCACUAUGACACUUGCUAUUAUAAAAUAUAAUUUGAUCUUUUCUCCAAUCCUUGUCUUUUCCACAUGUUAUGCUUAUUCACUUGCAGUGUUUGCAUUUCAUUGCAGUUUUGCUGGUAUCCCAGUUUAUAUAAAACUCAAUUUCUGCAUUGUAGUACAUUGAUUUUAGAUAACUGAAAGUUUUGCAUGUUGCAUUCCUAUUAUCUUAAUCCUCCAUCUCCUCCCUCACAACCUGUUAACAAUGAUUAGUGUUGUUCUGAAUUCCAUCCCUUCAAUUUUGUCCUGUACUACUUUAAAUACAUACUAGAAGCUAAUGAGGAUACCUCCAGGUCUAAUAUACAUAUCUUGGAAAUAAUUCUACUUUAUACUGAAUUCAAGGUUCUAAAACUAUUUGGAUUCUCUUCAAGUUCCUUUUUUUUAAAAAAAAAGUUAAUGACACUUCUGAAUUACUUGAAAAGCUUUAAUAGAUUAUGACUACACACUUAACAAUUUUGCCCCAUUUUGGUACUGCAGGAUGAAAGCCAUCAGAUUUUGUAGUCUUUACUUGUGUCAUUUAAUUUUUUCUUGUACCAUGUUUGUGCUUUAAUUUUUUUUCUGUGAUUAGAUGGCUAUGUUUACUCUUUCCUUUGCUUGACUUUUUUUUUGUGUGCCAUACUCUACCAGAGCCCCGGCGACCACUUUUCAAGUGGUUGUCUUGGAGGAAAGAUUCUGUGAGUGGUCCCCCACGACCUUCUCACAAAGCGCAGUUUUUUUUCUACGAGGCCGAGUUGCGAGCUCGACACUCAACCUGGCACGGAUUUAAAGCGUGCCCGGGAGCGGCCCGACUGGAUUCGAGCUCGGGAACCUUCGCUCCGGAGUCCGGAGUUGAUGUCACUGCGCCACCAGCCGGACUCGCUUGACUUUAAGACGGCUUUAUUUUGUUCUCUUUGUAUACCAUGAAAUAUGUUACAUAUGUCAGCUAUUUCUAUAUUGCUGAUUGCUAAUGUUCAUGUUUCUCAUUUUAAUGGCCCCAUGUUCCUCUUUCUAUACUUGACUAACAGUUUUUCUUUGAGAUCAUUUGCUAGUUUGGUUAAAAAUUCCUCUUGGGCAACCCUUCACCCUAAAACUCUUCCCUACUGGAUUUUUUGCUUUUUCUUAAAUUGGAAAUUAAGUGAAUACAGCUUCUAAUCUCACUAGAUAACCCAUUACUACACACAUGUCGCCUUAAUCUUAUGGGGAUGUACUGGUUUUGAAUCGUACCAAGUACAAUGUUACCGUUGUUGCUCCUGCUAAAUAUGUGCUCAUGCUAAUAGGCUUUUCUUUUUGAUAGAUUUUGGGUAAAUUAACAAACUUGUCAGAUGGAAAAGCUAACCAAAUAGAUCCAUUAAAUUGGUCAGGUAAAAUUUACUUUUAUUUCUGUUUGUAAUUUUUGACUGGAUUGAGGCUGACUAAUUCUGGACACGAUAUUGAGAAACAGACCCAAAAAAUCAUUGUGUUUGAGGAAAAUAAUUUGUGAACUAUAACUUUCCAUUUUUCUGUCUUCAGAAAUUAGUUGUCUCAUCCGUGAUGCGAACAGUCUGAUGUCUUUGAAGAAUAUUUAACAAGGCACCAGUGCUUUAUCAGCAUAUUUGGACAAAUUCUAAUAGUAGGAUUGUCUCAUUUCAUAUUGAAGUUUGAAUGCUUGUAAGGUUUAGUUUAUUUGUACAGUGCAACAUGACGUUGAAGUUCCCUGGUGUCACUUUUUAUCCAUGAUGUCAUAAAUGAGUUGAUUGUGCUAAUUGGAACUUUCAUGGUGGGGAUGAGGGAGGGAUGAUUUUAUUGCUGCGUUCAGUACUUGAAUUUUUCCAGACCAAGGAAGUUGUUUGAGUUGGAUCCAUCACUCUUUGGGUUUAAUGAUCCAGUUUUAAUGACCAAUGAGAGUGAAAUGUUGGUAUAAUUUACUCUGAAUGUCAGCACAUGCAUUGAAAGAAACACGAUUGUAUGAUUUAGAUUUUAAAAGACUGACAAUGAAAAUUACAUUGGGCAAUAUAAGCAUAUAAAAGUAUAAAUCGCAUAAAUUAAAUAGUCUAGGACGGAAUUCAACUGCUGCCUCUAGGGAAUGCACGUAAUAGAUGAUUGCUCCCAAAGUUGUGGAAUUAGAAUUUGAAUAGAUGGUACCUGCCUUGUUCAAAAGUCCUAUGCAGUUAAUAAUGGAAUUUAAUUUAAUGGAGAGCAACACUUGCCAAAUAAAACCUUAUUCGAAGAGUAGACUGUUAAUACCGCGAGUUACAUUGGAAAAUGUGAUCGUAUAUAUUUCAUUAAAAUUUUAUUAUGGAUUGUUCAUUAUGCAUGCAGACCCAUUAUGUAUCUCAGGGUAUCAUUAUGAAACAGUUCCUUUGGUUUGAAAAGAUCAAUGCUGUAAAGGUGCCCGGUCCAGCAUUGGUGAUUCCCCCCCCCUCCUGUUUUAGAAGGCAGUAUUUUCAGUAUUUAAACUUCACAGAGGACUAUGUUUCCUUACCAUUGUACGUUGAUCUCUUUUUGUGUGUUUUUUUUUCUGGAAAAGUAUCAAAUGGCAAAGUAGAAUAAUCAUUCUACACAUUAAUCAUUAAAUGAAAGAAUUGGAGGUUGAAUAACCAUUUAAAGGAUUUCAUGUUAAUAAGAUUACAAUUAUUUUUAUUUCAGGUUAAAGUCGGCCUGAGACAAAUUACAUGAAAUGGCAGUUUCUCAUUUAAUUUAAAUAAUAAAAAGUAGCCACUAAAAUAACAGUGCAAAUACAACUUUUGCCACAGUCCUUUUAACAGUGCUUGUUACCGUCAGUGAAACAUGAGUAUACAACCAGGGUGGCAGUCAGAAAACAUGGCAGAUGACUUGGAUAUUGAAGCAAUGUUGGAGGCACCAUACAGAAAGGAGGAUGAGAACAAAUCGAGCAAAGCCAAUGGACAAGAGGAACGUAGUAAAAAGAAAAAGAAGAGCCGAAGUCGCAGUCACAGCCGUGAAAGGAAGAGAAGUAGAAGCAGAGAGCGUAGACGGAGCAAAGAUCGAGAAAGGAGGCGAAGCAGGAGCAGAGAGAGAAAAAGCAGCAAGAGCAGAGACCAUCGUCGCAGCCGAAGCAAAGACCGCCGGAGGGUAGAAAGAGGCCGUUACAGGAGUCCUUUUUCUGGUCCAAAAUUCAGCAGUGGUAGCAGCAGCAGAGGGAAGAUUGGCAUGCAACCUGGUAUCAAAAUAAGUCGAAGGCGCUCUCGAAGCAGAAGCCCGCAUAAGAAGGAUAAAAGUCCAGUAAGAGAGCCAAUUGAUAACAUUUCACCUGAAGAACGAGAUGCCCGCACAGUCUUUUGUAUGCAGCUAGCAGCACGAAUUCGACCCAGAGACUUGGAGGAAUUCUUUUCUUCUGUAGGAAAGGUUCGAGAUGUAAGAAUGAUAUCAGAUAGGAACUCAAGGCGCUCAAAAGGAAUUGCUUACGUAGAGUUUGUCGAUGUGAGUUCUGUUCCACUGGCAAUAGGUUUGACAGGGCAGAAACUGCUUGGUGUGCCAAUUAUUGUGCAGGCUUCACAGGCUGAGAAGAACCGAGCUGCAGCCCUUGCUAACAACCUCCAGAAAGGUACUGCAGGACCAAUGAGGCUCUAUGUAGGAUCUUUGCACUUCAAUAUCACUGAGGAAAUGUUGAGAGGCAUUUUUGAACCCUUUGGUAGAAUUGAAAAUAUACAACUGAUGAUGGAUAGUGAAACAGGCCGGUCAAAAGGCUAUGGAUUCAUUACGUUUUCUGAUGCUGAGUGUGCAAAGAAGGCUCUGGAACAAUUGAAUGGUUUUGAGCUUGCUGGUAGGCCAAUGAAGGUCGGCCAUGUAACAGAACGAUCUGAUUCUUCUAAUGCCAGCUCAUUUUUAGACAGUGAUGAAUUGGAAAGGACUGGUAUUGACCUUGGAACGACAGGACGUCUACAGCUGAUGGCUAGACUGGCAGAAGGUACAGGACUGCAAAUUCCCCCAGCUGCACAGCAGGCUUUGCAGAUGAGUGGCAACAUUUCACUGGGCACAAUGGCAGCAGUAACAGAGCAAGGCGAUGUCUGGAGCCGAGUAGUUCUGGGAGAACCCAAACUGAACAUCAAUGAACAAGUUAUUGAUUUACAGACCAGAAUUAUCCAGCAGACUGAAGCGCUGAAUCCUCCUGUGACGGUGAAUGCCCCACCAAUAGCAACACAGUGUUUCCAGCUGUCCAACAUGUUUAACCCACAAUCGGAAGAUGAUCCAGCUUGGGACCAAGAAAUCAGAGAUGAUGUAAUUGAAGAAUGCAAUAAGCAUGGAGGAGUAAUUCACAUAUUUGUGGAUAAAAAUUCACCCCAGGGAAAUGUCUACGUGAAAUGUCCUACUAUUGCUGCUGCUGCUGCAGCCGUUGGCGCCUUACACGGAAGGUGGUUUGCUGGAAAAAUGAUCACCGCAGCGUAUGUGCCACUUCCAACCUACCACAACCUCUUCCCAGACUCGAUGACAACCACCCAGCUGCUGACUCCAGCAAGACGAUAGGAGCUGGAAGGGAAUUGAAAUUCCAAGCAACUUGGAGAAUGUGGACAAUUACACAGUGGUUGCCUGUACAAAUGACACAAGUGGAAAGUAUUGUGGGAAAACUCUUACAACUCCCAGUGGACUUCAGACAAAUGUUUUUUUUUCAAUCUUGCCAAGCCCUAGUGGAAGGAAAAUAAAAUGGCAGAAGUAGAUUUACACAAAUGCCCUAAGGCUGUUUUAUUUUGAUUUUGGUGCAGUGUACCACAUUUUGACUACACAAUAACAGUGAUAAUCGGAUCGGAAAAAAAAGAAGAAAGCCUGCAAUAUUGAAAGAUGGUGUGCAUCUUUCCUGGGGUUUUGAACUUCUGUUGUUCCUGUGAUAAGACUACUACAGUCAAGUAGACUAUAGAGGUAGCACUGCACUCUUGUUACCCAUUUUAAGUUACAUAUUUUGUUGAUUUUGGUGCUCUUCUGAUGGAACUUCACGGAUGAGCAUUUUUAAAUAUCAGUUUAUAAAUUUUGUGAAGAUACUUAUUGCAUAAAAGUGAGUUAUUGGAAAAGGUAAUCUUUCAAUAGGUAGGUUGCAGCUCUUGUUGAAUUAAAGACCACACAGUAAAUACUCAGACCACUGAUCGUUCACUGCAUUUGUUCUGCUGAUAUGUGGAAUUCCAGUCAAUUUCAAUAAGGGUGAGUGACCAUGAAACCAUCUGAAGGCAAGUUAUGUGGAGUGUUAUGACAUGAGUUUACAUACAUUGGAGACUGGGGAUCUAGAGAACGAGAGAGACAGAAACCCAGUUAAGCUUAAGAAUAACUGGAAAAGUGGCCAUACCAGAUUUUUUCUUCAGUUGUUGCUGGUGAUCUCAUUACCGACGAUUUUUAAUUGAGGAAUCCAUAGCUGAUGUUCAUGCUAACGUGCAGAAAAUUAAAUUUGUAGCAAUUGUGGAUUUGGCUACUCACCAUUCCAAAAGUUAGUUGGAGUGGUGGUCUAUAUCAGUAUCGGUCUAGGGCUAAAGAUCACCGUGCCUAGUUCUGGAAAGUGUUAAUACUAGGUUUGGCUAGUAUUAUGACCAAAGUUUGGAUAUUCAUUAAUGGCAAACUGCAAAAGGUAUGGAGUUCUAAAUAAUCUUUCUGUACAGUUGGCCUCUAGUUGACAUUUUCAGAUUAAAGCUUAUUGUAUAUACAGUUUGCCUUAUUUGGUCCAUUGUCAAUGCUAAUCUUCACUUUCACCCACCCCACCCAGAAUGAACUUUCCUUAUGUAAAUAUAGUGAUGUGCUAUCCUUGUGCUUCCAUAGGAUCUAGGCCAGACAAACUUAAUUUUACCAUUUGAAUAAAAGUCUGAACAUUUGGCUGAAUAAAGAUGGGUGUAAGAGCAAAAUAUAUAAAGUCCACAAUUGUGCUAACUGAGGAAUGAAAUUCUCCUAACAUCAAGCAAGUUGAAAGGAAUCGGCUAACAGCUUCAAGCCUGAGUUUCGCCUCUUGGACUUAAUUGAGAUAUUACUACCCAAUGUUUCUAAUUGAAGGAAUUGGGAGGUUGUUGUCAUUAGUUGACUACAUAAUCUGUCUUAAAUUUGAGGGUUUCUCAAUAAAUUGCAUGUUCAUUCUUGUUUUUUUUUAAAACAAUUGUCAAUAAGAUGAAAGCCAAUUAUAUUCACUUUCAGUGCAUCUUCUAUUGGAUAUUAAUUACACAUAAGCAGAGUCUUUAAUUAUAUGUAUUUAGAGCCCUAGGCCAGUUUAAUAGUUGUUAUUGCCUUUGAUAUAGAAAGUGUUCUGUCAGGGAGGAAAAACAACACUUUGGAAAGUUAGUUAAUAACAAUGUCUUUAUAAAUGCACACUAAAAAAAUUGCAUCAAGGGUAACAGUAAUUUUGUCUGGCCGUGCGUGGUGUUUCUUGCUGUUUCUUUAAGCUCUGUGAGCUCCAGAGUGUAAACAUUACCUAAUUUUUUUCCCCUUCUGUAGUGUGAUUCAAAAACAGCCUGGUAUUUCUAUUCAAAAGUAAGGAUUUUGUAAUUGGUACAAAUUUUGUAUAAAAAAUGCAAAAUCAUUCAAUAAAUAAAAGAAAAAUCA